ACCUUUCAGCAUCCUUCGCUGACGAUAUUCAGAAUACCUUUUCAUAUUGCAUAUUAAUAAACAAAUCCCCAUUCUUUUUAAAACUUUUUCUUUUAUUAAAACUUUAUUACAUCACCUGCUUCUUUUGCAUUUUAUCAAGUUUUAAUAAGGAAAUAUAUAUAAUAUGGCUUCUAAUUUCCCUAUUCCAUCCGUGGCUGCUGCUGGAACUGCUCCUGCUAUGAACACGGGUGCUCAUAUUCCUGCGCCUGCUGCAAAUGCUACUCCGCUCCCAGUCUUUUCUCCACGUUCUCCUUCAGCUCCUCAUCGACCUGUUACCGCCUAUGAUGAUAAGGAUGUUACCACUGCUGCUUUAGUGUUGCAAGAUGGGUCUUGUUACCAAGGAAUCUCUUUUGGCUUUGAAAAAAAGAGCAUUUCUGGCGAAUGUGUUUUCCAAACUGGUAUGGUAGGUUAUCCAGAGUCAUUAACUGAUCCAUCUUACCGCGGUCAGAUUCUGGUGUUGACUUUUCCCUUAGUGGGAAAUUAUGGCGUACCUUCUCGUUCUGAAAUGGAUGAUCUUUUGAAAGAUGUUCCUAAAUACUUUGAAUCAAAUGAAAUCCACGUGGCUGGUUUAAUUGUUGGCAAUUACGCAAAGGAUUUUUCUCAUUACUUAGCAACGUCUUCUCUUUCUGUUUGGCUGAAAGAAAAUAAUAUCCCUGCUCUCUACGGCAUUGAUACGCGUGCAAUGACCAAAAAGAUUCGAACCAAAGGGGCUCUUUUAGGUAAGAUCCUUUUUCCUAAAUCCAUCUCGGGUGGUACAGUGGAUGCGGCUGCUUCUGCACUUGGAUUGACUAGACCUUCUGAUUUGCAACCUUCCGAGCGUUGGAUGGUAAAGUAUCAAGAUGUGGAAUGGGUCGACCCAAACAAGAGAAAUCUCGUAGCCGAAGUUUCUAUCAAGGAACACAAGAUCUAUUACCCAGAUCCUGCAAAGGCUAUUAAGACUCCUUAUGGUCGCACCAUGCGUAUCAUUGCCGUCGAUAUCGGUAUGAAAUAUAAUCAAAUUCGUUGCUUCGUGCAUCGUGGUGUCGAAUUAAAAAUUGUCCCUUGGGAUUAUGAUUUCACGACUGAGCCUAUCGACACCUACGACGGUCUUUUCCUUUCAAACGGUCCUGGUGAUCCCACUACCAUUGAUAUUACCAUAAAAAACACGCGUAAGUUUCUCAAGGAUCUUAAAAAACCAGUUUUUGGUAUUUGUUUGGGUCACCAAGUUAUGGCCCUUGCAUCGGGUGCCAAGACACUCAAGAUGAAAUACGGUAAUCGAGGUCAAAACAUCCCUUGUACUAGCUUGCUUUCAGGACGCUGUUACAUCACAUCUCAAAACCAUGGUUAUGCUGUCGAUGCUGCAUCCCUUUCUCAAGAUUAUAGGGAGCUCUUUGUUAAUGCAAAUGAUGGAUCCAAUGAAGGUGUUAUUCACAAGUCUCUUCCAAUUUUUUCUGUUCAGUUCCAUCCUGAGUCCACCCCUGGUCCUCGUGAUACAGAAUUCCUGUUUGACGUUUUCCUUAACAACAUCAAAGACUGUCUUGAUAAGAAGUCGCUGGUACCUGUCCAUAUGCCAGGUGGCGAUAUUGUUGAGAAUGAAAAUAAGAACCCUCGCGUUCAUGUCAAUAAGGUCCUGGUACUCGGUUCUGGCGGUCUUUCCAUCGGCCAAGCUGGCGAGUUUGAUUAUUCAGGCUCACAAGCAAUCAAGGCUUUAAAGGAGGAAGGUAUUUAUACAGUGUUGAUCAACCCAAAUAUUGCAACAAUUCAAACAUCGAAGGGCUUGGCCGACAAGGUAUAUUUUCUGCCCGUUACACCAGAGUAUGUUCGGAAGGUAAUUCAGUAUGAAAAACCUGACGGUAUUUAUGUCACUUUUGGUGGUCAAACAGCUCUUAGCGUUGGCAUUGCUUUAAAGGAUGAAUUCGAAGGAUUAGGCGUGAAGGUUCUUGGUACUUCCAUCGAUACUAUUAUUACUACCGAAGAUCGUGACCUAUUUAAUGAUGCUCUUGGUGAGAUAAACGAAAAGAGCGCUCCUGCCUCCUCAGCCAUCACAGUCGAAGAAGCUGUCGCCGCUGCCAACGUUAUCGGUUAUCCAGUCAUUUGUCGUGCUGCUUACGCUCUUGGUGGUCUCGGCUCAGGAUUUGCCGACAAUGAUCAGGAAUUAGUCUCGCUUUGUAACAAGGCAUUUGCUACUUCUCCUCAAGUCCUCAUCGAAAAAUCCAUGAAGGGCUGGAAGGAAAUUGAGUACGAAGUUGUUCGUGAUUGUCGUGAUAAUUGUAUUACUGUGUGUAACAUGGAAAAUUUUGAUCCUCUUGGUAUCCAUACUGGUGAUUCGAUAGUCAUUGCUCCUUCACAAACUUUAUCUGAUGAGGAUUAUAAUAUGCUCCGUACUACGGCCGUAAAUGUCAUUCGUCAUUUAGGUGUUGUCGGUGAGUGUAAUAUUCAGUAUGCUUUAAACCCCUUUAGCAAAGAGUACUGUAUUAUCGAAGUCAAUGCUCGUCUUUCUCGUUCUUCUGCUCUUGCUUCGAAAGCUACUGGUUAUCCUCUUGCUUUUGUUGCUGCUAAGCUUGGUUUGGGGAUUCCUUUGAAUGAAAUUAAGAAUAGUGUUACCAAGGUUACAUGUGCUUGUUUCGAGCCUUCUCUCGAUUAUGUCGUUGUCAAAAUUCCUCGUUGGGAUCUCAAGAAAUUUAACAGAGUCAGUACAGCCCUUUCUUCUUCUAUGAAAUCUGUCGGAGAAGUCAUGGCAAUUGGACGUACAUUUGAAGAGACGAUUCAAAAAGCGAUUCGAGCUAUUGAUGGUAAUUUCAUAGGAUUUAGUGAGAACGAUUUUGUAACGGACGAAGAAAUUGAUUUUGAGCUGACGCAUCCUUCUGAUCAACGUUUAUUUGCUAUCGCAAACGCCAUGACAAGAGGUUAUUCAGUCGACAAGAUUUGGGAAAUGACUAAUAUAGAUAAAUGGUUCUUGAACAAGUUGCAACAUAUUGUGUCUUUAGGAAGCCGACUUGACGGUUUCAACAAGUCAAAUGUCCCCGGUAACUUAAUCCGUUCCGCCAAACAGCUUGGAUUUUCAGAUCGUCAAAUUGCACAACAUUUGAACAGUAAUGAAUUGGCCGUUCGUAGACUUCGUCAAGAAUAUGGUGUCACACCAUUUGUGAAACAAAUUGAUACCGUAGCUGCUGAAUUCCCUGCAUUUACUAAUUAUCUUUACAUGACGUAUAAUGCUGUUGAACAUGACAUCGAAUUUGAAGAUAGAGGUAUCAUGGUGCUUGGUUCAGGUGUGUAUCGAAUCGGUUCUUCAGUUGAAUUUGAUUGGUGUGCCGUCCGUGCAAUUCGUACUAUUCGUGAGCAAGGCUUGAAGACUGUCAUGGUUAACUAUAAUCCUGAAACCGUAUCUACUGAUUACGACGAGGCCGAUAGACUUUACUUUGAAAACAUUAACCUCGAACGUAUCUUGGACAUUUACGAAAUAGAGAAGUCCGCAGGUGUCCUAAUGGCAAUGGGUGGUCAGACUCCUAAUAAUAUUGCUCUGCCUCUUUAUCGUCAAAAUGUCAAGGUUCUUGGUACUUCUCCUGAAAUGAUUGACAAUGCUGAGAACCGCUACAAGUUCUCUCGUAUGUGUGAUAGUAUUGGCGUAGACCAACCUCUUUGGAAAGAAUUGACUAGUUAUGAAGAAGCCGAGAUUUUCUGUGAAAAUGUCGGAUUUCCGGUUCUGGUCAGACCCUCUUAUGUUCUUUCGGGUGCUGCCAUGAAUGUUGUUUUCUCCAAGGACGAUCUUGCUGCUUACUUGAGAGAGGCAGCAGCAGUUUCUCGUGAUCAUCCGGUUGUGAUCACAAAGUAUAUAGAGGAAGCUAAGGAAGUCGACAUGGAUGCUGUAGCUUUGGAUGGUAAACUUAUAAUGCACGUCAUUUCAGAGCAUGUUGAAAAUGCUGGUGUCCAUUCUGGUGAUGCUACACUUGUUUUGCCUCCUCAAGAUUUGGACCCUGAAACCAUUCGUAAAAUUGAAGUUGCUACAGCCAAAAUUGGUCGCGCUUUGAAUAUUACAGGUCCUUUCAACAUUCAGUUUAUUGCCAAGAAUAACGAGAUCAAGGUGAUUGAAUGUAACGUACGCGCAGCCCGUUCGUCUCCUUUUGUAUCCAAGGUUACUGGUGUGGAUUUGAUUGAAAUGGCUACGCUCGCAAUGUUAGGUCUUCCUGUCACACCUUAUCCCAAGGUCAAUAUGCCCAAGGAUUAUGUUGGUAUCAAGGUGCCACAAUUCUCUUUCAGUCGCUUGUCAGGUGCUGAUCCUAUUCUUGGUGUGGAAAUGGCUUCCACAGGCGAGGUUGCUUGUUUUGGUAAAGAUAAAUACCAGGCUUAUUUAAAGGCGCUUUUGGCAACUGGUUUAACUUUACCCAAGAAGAACAUUUUGUUCUCAAUCGGCUCUUACAAGGAGAAGCAAGAGUUGUUGCCAUCAGUUCGCAAGUUACAUAAACUUGGCUAUAAUAUCUUUGCCACCACUGGUACAGCCGACUUUAUUUCAGAACAUGAUAUUCCUGUUAAACAUCUGGAUACUUUGGAUGCUGAAACAGAUGAUCAAAUCAAGGCUGAAUAUUCUCUUCAACAGCAUUUAUCAAACAACCUGAUUGAUCUGUAUAUCAAUUUACCUUCACGUAACAGAUUCCGUCGUCCAGCUUCUUACAUGUCAAAGGGUUACCGUUCUCGUCGUAUGGCUGUUGAUUAUUCUGUUCCUCUUUUGACCAACGUCAAGUGUGCUAAACUCUUUAUUGAAGCCCUUGCUAGAAAUAAAGAUACGGGUAUUUUAAGUAUUGAUUACAAAACAACUCACACUCAAGCUAGCCUUCCCGGUUUAUUCAAUAUCAAUAGCUUCAUCGAAAAUAGUGAAGAAUUUGAUGAUGUUUCCAAAGCUUCCUUAUCUGCCGGUUUUACAACCAUCUCAGUAUUCGCACAAGACGUUAUCAACGAUUCAUCUUUAGAAAAGUUAAGCGAUAUCUCGCGCAAGGCUUGUUAUAACGACUACCUGUUGAAUGUUACGGCCACUUAUGAGAAUGCAUCCGAAGUUGGUAAUUACGCUUCGGAUGCUGCUGCAGUCUACAUCAAUACCGAUCGCAUCGGUUCAGGCAAGGUAUCCGUAUUCGACUCUGUCUUCUCUUCUUGGCCUGUAUCUCAACUGAUUAUCACCGAUGCUAAAGGAACUGAUCUUGCGUCUAUGUUACUUUUGGCUUCUUUACAUAAUCGUGUGGUUCAUGUUUCCAACGUAAUGAGUAAAGGAGACUUGGCUCUAAUCAAGAUGAGCAAAAAGAAGGGUUUGGCUGUCACCUGUGACGUUGCAAUCUAUUGUCUUUUCUUCACAUCCGAAGAGUUUAAUGAAACAAAACUCUUACCUACCAAAAAAGAGCAGCAAGCACUAUGGAAAAACCUUGAUGUUGUUGAUUGCUUUACGGUCGGCACUGUGCCUCGUAAGUUGGCAGCAGAAUUAGGUCAUCAAGCCGAUGCUACAGCUGGUAUUCAUGAAGCUCUUCCCCUUCUUUUGACUGCCGUUGCUGAAGGUCGUCUUAGUAUUAAGGAUAUCUCAGAACGUCUUUAUGAUCAUCCUAAGGCCAUUUUUGGUAUUUCUGCUCAGCCUGAUACAGCGGUCGAAGUUGUUGUCGACCGUAAGGUUUUAUGGCCCAAAAACACAAAGAACUGGUCUCCCCUCGCUGGUCGUACUGUAUCGGGCUCCGUAGAACGUGUAGUAUUAAACGAAACUAUCAUGUUUAUGGAUGGAUCUUUUGCAAAUGAAUCAUUACUCGGUCGUGAUGUUUCUAUUCAAGCCCAAGCUGUAAAAUUAAGUAGUGACAGUGAACAAAAAGAAACAAAAGGAACUAAACAUCAAAAAUCUGAGCACCAAAUCGAACAGAUUGAACAAACCUCAAUUGCUCUUGAAAGCAGUGCUGUCAAAGAAGAUCGUGCACCACGUGCAUCUGAUCCUGUUCGUUUAGCUGGAGCAACAGACCAGCAAUUAGUAUCUUUACAAUUGCCUCGCUAUGAGAUAUCCGCCUCUUUGGCUCGUGUUGUUAGCCGCUCUCCUUUCUAUCGUAAGCAUAUCUUGCGCUCUGCACAGUUUGAUCGUGACGAUCUUCAUCUUUUAUUCGGUGUUGCUCAUGAAAUGCGUAACUUGGUUGAACUCUACGGAUCUAUUAAUAUUUUGCAAGGCCGCGUGAUGAGUACCAUGUUCUUUGAGCCUUCAACUCGUACAUCUUGUUCUUUUGAAGCUGCUAUGUAUCGUCUGGGCGGUCAAGUUGUAUCUGUUAGUGCUACUACAUCUUCUGUUCAAAAAGGAGAAUCUCUUGCAGAUACAGUUCGUACCCUAGGUUGUUAUUCUGAUCUCAUUGUCUUGCGUCAUCCUCAGCCUGGAAGUGCCCAAAUUGCUGCAAAAUAUAGUAAGGUUCCUGUUAUUAAUGCUGGUGAUGGUAUUGGUGAACAUCCUACCCAAGCUUUCUUGGAUACUUUUACCAUCCGUGAGGAACUGGGUACUGUCAAUGGCUUGACGAUCACAAUGGUGGGUGACCUUAAGAAUGGUCGUACUGUUCAUUCGUUGGUCAAAAUUUUGGCUUACUAUCAAGUCACAAUCAAUUAUGUUUGUCCAGAAUCACUGGCCAUGCCAAAGGAUGUCAUGGAGGCUGUUAAAGCUGCGGGUAUUCAACAAAAUGUUUAUGCUACGUUGGACGAAGUAAUUGGUAGUACUGAUGUUCUUUAUAUGACUCGUAUCCAAAAGGAGCGUUUUGACACUGUGGCCGAAUAUAACCGUGUGAAGGAUGCCUACAUCUUGAACAACGAUGUUUUGAGUAGAGCCAAGUCCCAAAUGAUUGUCAUGCAUCCUCUUCCUCGCGUCAAUGAAAUCGAACCAGAGGUAGAUUUUGAUCAGAGAGCUGCUUAUUUCCGUCAAAUGAGAUAUGGUCUUUUUGUUCGAAUGGCCUUGCUGGCACUUGUUAUGGGAACACUACGUGGUUAAACUAGCAUUCUUAAAUACCCAUAUUAAAAGCAAAAUAAAAAUAAAGUAUAACAGUAAUUAAGAAACCAGACUUCA